AUGACUAAUCUUCACUGGAACCCUUUUCGACGACAUGCGCUGGGCGGAAUAGUGGAGGAAACCGCUGGAUCGGCUCGAGCAACACCAGCACCAAAAUCGAAGACAUGGGAGACCACCGUUGAUCGAGUGCCCAGCUGGCCUGAAGAAGCCCGACCACUGAAGAAGCACACUUGGGUGGUAUACCUAUACGCUAUAGCCGAUGUUCUUCUUGUUCUCCUACCGGUAUACUUCAUCUUACUGGGAGUUGCGACUGCGGUCUUACACAAGAAACCGACACAGGGCAAUACCUUCGGAACUAAAGUGGAAUUUGCGAUGUCCUUGGGUCCUACUAUGUUCCCGAUCGUCUUCGCAGCGAUUAUCGGGCGCAGUAUGAAGAUGAUAGCGAGAUUCCUCGCCGAGAAGGGUGCAAAGCUCGGUGUGCGUCUCGUCCCCACCGCUAGCACCAUAGUCAUAUGUUCUAACAUCGUUCCCACAAGACUUUAG